GAUUUUUUAUUUUGAAUUAUCCCCUGAACUACUGAUGGUAGCUCCGCUCUCGAGUUAUUUUUACCCUCUGGCCUGAAAGCUAACGGAUAGCAGCAAAUAUCUAUAAAAGCACACCUUCCAAAAUUGUUUCAAGUAUAUUCGUGAAAUGGCUCCUCCACUUAUCGCCAUGGAAAGCAACGAACCUCUGCACAAUCGUGCUGAUAUUCUGAAGAAACAGAAUGUAAGCAUUCCUGAUGGACUAAAGAUGAAACUUGCAUCAGCAACUAUGGGAGCACAGAAUCAAUUUGACUUUUUGCGCACUUUAUAUGAGGGAGCUAUAGCUGGAGCUACAGCAGGAGUAGUUGUUGAAUCUGUACUUUAUCCAAUUGAUACAAUAAAGACUCGCUUACAGGCAGCUCGAGUUGGGGGUAAAAUAGUUCUCAAGGGUCUAUAUUCAGGGCUUGGAGGAAACCUUGCAGGUGUUUUACCGGCAUCAGCAAUUUUUGUUGGAGUUUAUGAACCUUUGAAGCGAAAAUUGUUGGAGAUUUUUCCAGACAAUUUCAGUGCUGUGGCUCAUUUGGCAGCAGGUACCGCAGGAGGUGCAGCAGCUUCCAUUGUUCGUGUGCCUACAGAGGUUGUCAAGCAAAGGAUGCAAACGGGACAGUUUGCAUAUGCUCCUGAAGCUUUGCGCCUAAUUGUUGCAAAGGAAGGUGUUAGAGGUCUAUAUGCGGGAUAUGGAUCAUUUCUAUUACGAGAUUUACCUUUUGAUGCAUUACAAUUCUGUUUGUACGAACAACUGAGGAUAGGGUACAAAAAAGUGGCAAAGCGGGAUCUUUAUGAUCCAGAAAAUGCCCUUAUUGGUGCCUUUGCUGGUGCCCUUACUGGUGCAAUAACUACUCCUCUUGAUGUGAUUAAGACAAGAUUGAUGGUUCAGGGAUCAUCAAGGCAAUACAAGGGUGUAUUUGACUGUGUUCAGAAGAUUGUGCAAGAAGAAGGGCCCUAUGCUUUGGCAAAGGGUAUUGGUCCAAGGGUGCUAUGGAUUGGAAUAGGAGGUUCAAUUUUCUUUGGUGUGUUGGAAAGGACGAAGAUGCUUCUAGCUGCCAGAAAACCAAAGACAAAGUCUUCAAAAGUUGAAUGAUAUUCUUUGUAUUGAACACAGGAAAAAGCAUGUAUGCUUUUGUAUUCUUUUGCUAACACAUUUGAUUUUACAAAUUCUGAUUCUUUUAUUAGAAGAGUCUGUAUGGUUUUGCAAAUGAGCAAGGAUUCAUACAGGCCCUUUGUUCCAUGUCAUUUAUCCUAGCCACCUGAAAUGGCAAGUCGUAUUGGUGCAGUUUUUGUUGUAAUAGCAUUUUCCAAAUUAGAAUUAAAAGAACCAUCAGAAUGUGCCAGCACAAGCUUGGUUUGCAGGAAUGACUUUAGAUAAUACUUGGUAUUCUACAUGACCUACCCAGAAUUGGAAAGACUAAAGAGGUAUACCUUCUAAAUUUAGCUAUUGUAGAAGGACUUCUUAAGAACAGAUCAAUUUUUAAAUUGGUUCUCAGAGUAGCAUAUGAAAGAUGUCCCUUGCAGACUCUUUUUAAAACA